UAGAAAGUGAGUAGUCUGUGGAAACAGACAACCUCACGGAGGUUGGCUGAAUUUUCGUAAAGUGAAUUUCGCUUGAAUAUUAAAUAUUAUUUUCCUUGCCCUGGAAUUUGGUGACUCCUGUUAUAAUUGAUACGUGUAUUUUAAAGUGGAUCGGUUCGCAGUACAUUAUUUGGUGUUACUUGCUACCCUUUAGAACAAUAUACAGCGCUUCACAAAAAUAAGAUAUCAUGGCGGUACCCACUACCGGUGUAGUUGUGCCUCGAAACUUUCGUUUACUAGAGGAAUUAGAACAAGGUCAGAAAGGUGUAGGCGAUGGCACAAUCAGUUGGGGCUUGGAAAAUGAUGAUGACAUGACUCUUACACAUUGGACUGGAAUGAUAAUUGGACCACCUAGAACACCAUAUGAAAAUAGAAUGUAUAGUUUGAAAAUUGAUUGUGGUCAGAGAUAUCCAGAUGAUGCUCCUAAUGUAAGAUUUUUAAGCAGGAUUAAUAUGAAUUGUAUUAACAGUACUACUGGUGCAGUUGAUAACCGCAGUGUGCCAGUACUUGCAAAGUGGCAACGAGAAUACACAAUUAAGACAGUUCUUCAAGAGCUCCGUCGUUUGAUGACACUAAAAGAAAAUAUGAAACUGUCUCAGCCUCCAGAGGGUAGCACUUUUUAGCCUAACCAUGUGUAAACUUGAUGCCUCUUCCUUUCUGCGGUAGCAAAGGGCGAGAUUCAAUGAAGGUACCAAAUACUAUUAAAUGGGUGCCCAAUAAAGAUGUACGCUAAGAAGUAACACCUGUAUAAAAAAAAGAAGAAGGUGAUGAUGACUAUAAAAGUUGAAUCAGUGUUUUCAAUUUACAGAAAUAUUUACUUACAAAAUUCAGGAAACGUAUAUUUUUACUUAACCAUUUCCUAAUUUUAGGCCAUGUUUCAUAUAUAUGUGAAAUUAUUAUUGUAAUUGUAAUAUUUUAUUGUAAAAAUAUGCACUAGCAUUUAAUUUAAGAAAAUGCUGUUUCAACUUUUAGGUUAUAAAUACAAUCUAAAACAAGAGUCAUAUUUUGAAUCUUAAAAACUGGAAACACAGACUGUGUAAUAAAAGUAAUAAUCAGUAAGAACAA